AUUAGUCUGAGUGCACUUUGACCUGCUAGCCUAGCCUGCUGCUUAGCUUAGCUUGUUAGCUGCUAACAAAGAGAGGCGGAAGUGAUCGACACAUCAAAGCAGAGAUCCAAUACGUCUGUGAAGAACAUCUUCUCCCUGAGCAACAGAAGUGGAGCUUCAGGAUGGAGCCACAGCCCUCCCACAUUAAGAAGGAAGAGGAACACCCACUGAUCCCCCAUUUUAAAGAGGAAGAGGAUGACCCACUGACCACUCACAUCAAAGAGGAAGAGGAGGACACACUGAUCCCCCAUUUUAAAAAGGAAGAGGAGUACCCACUGACACCCCAUUUUAAAAAGGAAGAGGAGUACCCACUGACACCUAAUUUUAAAGAGGAACCAGUGGAUCCACUGAGCCCUCACAUUAAGGAGGAAGAGGAGUACCCACUGACACCUCAUUUUAAAGAGGAACCAGUGGAUCCACUGAGCCCUCACAUUAAGGAGGAAGAAGAGGACCCACUGAGCCCUCACAUUAAAGAGGAAGACCCACUGACCCCUCACAUUAAAGAGGAAGAGGAGGACCCACUGACCCCUCACGUUAAGGAUGAAGAGGAGGACCCACUGAGCUCUCACAUUAAAGAGGAAGAGGAGGAACGCAGCAUCAGUCAGCAGGGAGAGUAUCUUGAAGGACUGGAGGAGGUUGAUGUCACCAAGAUGCCAGUGACUGGUGUCCCUGUGAAGAGUGAAGAUGAUGAGGUCAAAGGUGAGAGUGAGGAGAAGAGAGAGGCGGAGCCUCCAAGCAGCAGCUCAACACAACACAUGACAACAGAAGCUGAUGGAGACCACUGUGGAGGAUCACAAGCAGACAAGAUCUUAGCUCCACUAUCAGAUAACAUCCAUCAGCUGAUUGGACACCAAGAAGAAUGUCUCCCUCAUCUGCAAGGGGACAGUUUCACUUCAGAGGAUCCACAGCCCCCCUAUUUUAAAGAGGAAGAGGAGGGAGAGUGUGUUGUAGGGCAGAAGGAGGAUGAUGUCAGCAAGUUUCCACUGACUGUCGUCUCUGUGAAGACUGAAGAGCAUGAAGACAAAGCACCUGAGUCCUCACAGCUUCAUCACAGUCCAAGUAAGCACAUAUCAUUUUAUUCUCAGGGCAUUCAAUCCAUCACAACUGGACUGUUCACUUUGUCUUAGAAGACUCAUCCAAGUAGGCUUCAUCACUUCAUGCUCAUACACUUCAAGUCUUAAAUCUAAUCAUUGGA